AUGGCGAAUUCAAGCCAGAUAAAUUUAAAUACGAGUAGGCAGCCAACAGGUGCCAAACCUAAAAACAAUUUUUAUCGCAAUUUCAACCCAUACUGGAUGAAAAAAAGACAGAAUUUACCUCAAAUAAAACCAACGAUAAUUCUUUUACCAGUUUCUGGAUCCGAAAGCUCUUCAAAUUUAAAUAAUUCUGCAUUAACAGGAAGGAAUUCAAAUGUAAGUGCAUCAAAUACAAGUAGAAACACAUCAAACAAUUCAGUACCAAGUAUAACACUGCCAUUAGGACAAUAUCAUUCAUUUCUUCUUGAUAAAAUAAGUCCAAAUGAAGCAUAUGGUUCGUGGAAGUUGUAUUUUUCAAAUGAAAAAUACAGUGCGGAUUCUCCAAUUAUUAAAAAAAUUAAAAGUUUUGAAACUCAUUUUAAAGAUAAUCCAGAACAAUACAAUUUGGUAAAAAUAUAUUCCAGUCAUACAUUUAAAUUAGAUUUAGUUUUUAUAAAGAAUGAUUCAAAAUUCAAAUCCAGUUGGAAUAAUUUUCACCAGGAUCUAAUAGAAAGUCCAGAAAUUACAUUAUCUGCCGCUGGACUAGCAAUGCAUACACUUUGUCUAAAAUGUUCCGAAAUUCAAAAUGAAUUAAAUUCUACCACAACAUUUAUUCGUAAAAGGACAUCAUUUAAAAUUUUUCGAGCAUACUUAGAAAAUUUCAGUCCUAUAGAAGACUUAGCGUCAAUUAGAUCUAAAAAAUAUGAAUCUUUACUAUCUAUUCGUGGAACCGUGGUUCAAACUGGAGAGUCAGCACUAAUUUCUUCAUGGAAUACAUACGAAUGUUUAAUUUGCCAUAGUCAGAUGAUUGUAAAACAGGAAAAUGGUAUCGUUAUUGAGCCAAAUUCAUGUAAAAAAAGUGGUUGCAACAAUAAAAGUAAAUUCAAAAUUCUAUUGAAUUCACCUUACAAUCGGUUAGAGAAAUAUCAAACUAUUAGAGUGCAACAGCUUGUUACUAGAGGUAAACAAGGGGAUGAAACUAAACAAAUAAAGCAAAUUGAAAUCGAAUUAUUAAAUGAAUUAGUUGACAAAGUUGCCCCUGGUGAAGAUGUUAUUUUAACGGGGAUUUUAAAAGUUCGCUCCCAACAAGAGAACCAUUUUCGACAAGAAGAUGGUUUAAAAUUAUAUUUACAUGGAAUAUCAAUAUUUAAAGAGAAAAGCUAUCAAAAUAUAUCGGCCUUUACAGAAAAAGACUUACAGGCAGUUAGUAUGAUCAAAGAAGAACCAUCACCGUUUAGAUUACUAGUUCAAUCACUAUGCCCCUCAAUUUUUGGGCAUGAAAUGGUUAAAGCCGGAUUGGUUUUGGCCUUACUUGGUGGUUGUGGUAAUGAACAUGGACUUAGAUCUGAAAUUCAUGUUUUAAUGGUAGGAGAUCCUGGAGUUGGUAAAUCUGAAAUGUUAAAAAGUUGUUCACAAAUUUCUUCAAAAGAGAUUUUCGUUAGUGGUUGUGGUAGCUCCGUGGCUGGUUUAACAGUUACUGUAACUAAUCGAAGAAAUGGUGGAGAACUAGAAGGUGGAGCAUUAGUAUUAGCUGAUGGGGCACAUUGCUGCAUUGAUGAAUUUGAUAAAACUCGAGCAAAUCAGCAAGCCGUAUUAGAAGUUAUGGAACAACAAACAGUUGGAGUCGCAAAAGCCGGUGUUUAUUGUUCUAUACCAGCUCGUACUAGUGUAUUAGCUGCAGCUAACCCAGAAUGUGGUCACUACAAUCGUUCAAAAACCGUAAUGGAAAAUCUAAAAAUGAGCAUACCCCUACUAUCACGUUUUGAUUUAAUUUUUAUUAUGGUGGAUAAGCCUAAUCAAAAUUUUGAUAGUAUGCUAACAGAACAUAUUCAAUCAUAUUUAUCUGGAAAUAGAAAAGAACCAACAGAAAAUUCUUUUGGUAAUAACUCCAGUCGAAAUCAAACACUUCGCGACUCAUUCAUGGCAAAUGAAGAAGAAGAUUUAGAAGAUCGGUUAAGACUCAGACCUGGCGAAGAUAUGGAUUUAUUACCCAGACCAUUAAUGCAACGUUACAUAGCUUAUGCAAAAAAGAAUUGCUUUCCAAAACUUAGGGAUGAAGCUGGUGAGGCUUUACAACAAUUUUAUAUAGAAUUAAGACAAAUAUCAAUAUGUUCCAAUUUAAUUCCUAUAACAGCAAGGCAGUUUGAAGGUUUGAUACGCUUAACACAAGCUAGAGCAAGAGCUGAUUUAUCACAAGAAGCAACUUUAAAUCAUGCCAUGGACGUAAUUUCAAUAUUUCGUUUUAGUAUGAUGAAUGUUUUUACAACAGAUACAACAGUUCCAGAUUUAGAUACAACUAUUGGAUCUGGAACUGGAUCUGGAAAAAGCCGUGCAUCUCAAAUUAAAAUAUUUCUUACAUUAUUACAACAGGCAUCUAGAGCUCAAGACAAACAAAUAUUUGAUAUCAGAGAAUUAAAAGAAAUAGCAUCUUUAAAAGGAUUAGAUGACAAUAUAAUUGAUUUAGUAGAAUCACUUAAUAGUCAAGGUUAUUUAUUAAAGAAAUCUCCUAAUGUAUAUCGGUUAAUAUUAUAAGAAUUGAAAAAUCAAAGUACAUAGCAAAGUUUAAGAUAAACGUGUGUAUAUAUAGAAUUACGUAAUUUAUAAAUGAAUGUACAUAUGUAUACGAGUAUAAUUUCAAACAUGAAUAUUAAAUAAUUUUAAAUUUAAAAUUAUGUUAUAAAAUAUAAUCCUAGUUAUUCUGGUAUCUGUAUGUUAAAUAUUAUAAUUAUGGAAACGUAACAACUAAAAAAUAGUCUGGGAAUUCUACAACCCAAUGAAAUGAAAUUUCUAAAUUUUUGCAUUGUUCAUUUUGGUUAAAUUUCUUUUUAAUUUUUUGUAAAGGUUACAAAUUAAUCUUAUAUUUCAAUUGAAAAAUCUGUUUAUUUUUUUGAAAAUGUUAUUAAAAAUGUUAAUAUUCAAUAUGAAAAAUUGAUUUCGUAAUCUAAAGCUCUUCAAAUUACAACAGAGCCAUAGCCAGUUCCAGAAUAUGGUUGAAUACAUAAUCUCAGAUUUAUUUAACUUAAAACUCUUUACAUUUAAUAUUAUGUAAUAAGAAAAAGACAUGGAAAAACUUAUUUUAUUAAAAACUUUUAUAAAUUUUGAUUAUUAAAUUUUUAAGAAAUGUUGACUUAUUGGAAUAGUUGGAAUAUAAAAUUUUAAAGCCAGGUUAUGAUUGCUUGCUUAUAAGAUGUUUUUAAAGCCGCUUUAACUAAGUAAUUAUUAUAAAUGAAUGUUAAAAUAUUGUUUUAUUAACAUGUUUUAAUUAUGUUUCCAUAAUGAGAUAAGUGUUGAUUUAAUUAAGGUUAAUUUGUACUCCUCCUUUGGCAAACAACUACUCAUGUAAAAUGUAGGGAAACAAAAAAAUUUAGAUUUAUAGGAAAUAAUUAAGUUUUCUCCUUACUAAUUUUGAACAUUAUCAAAAGAAAUUUUUUA